AUGUCAGCAAGAUUUGUCACUGACCCCGACGGUUUGGUCUUCCAUGCACUUAUUGGAACAGCAUCAAGGCUCCAAGCAUAUGCGCUUCGAAAUCUUCUCUAUAGACAUCUUACUACUCAGACGUUUAUUGGGGUGUCUUUUGCGUUGGCAGGAUAUGGCAUGUUCGAACUUGCAUUUCACCUUCCCUAUUAUGCCUGGAGGGACGCAGAAGCUCAAAUAGAAGAUCCUCGACGAGAUUUCAAUGGCCGACCCAUGAGGCAGUCCCACGACGUUUCUUUCCUUAACUGGCAAAAUGACGGGCAGCGUUCUUUUAUAUAUCAAGCGCAGAAUUCUUGCGUGGUUGCCGGAACAGACAUCUGGAGAUGGGUUGGGUAUUGUUUCGUCGAGUCUUACUUCGAUCGUGACAACGAGGCUAGGGAAACCGUCAUGGCACAUAUCAAGGAUGGCCAGGAGGGAGGGAUUUCCCUGGAUCCUUGCACAUAUGGACGUUAUUCACUCGAGGACAACAUCAAGGAUCCGCGGGAGUGGUUCCUGCUCGUCUUCCAGUGUCGUCUGUACCAAAUCCAAGGUGAAUGGCGCCAAGUGGUCAACAAGGUAGUCCAGAGCGUUCGCGACUAUGAGGUACCGGUACGUUACAACUUGAAGGGCGGCACGAGGUUCGGUCCUUAG